GUCAUCUUGGAUUCUUGAUGGGCGACAAGAUCAACCAACUGUGAAGCUCCCAGCCUGCCUGUCAAGCCUGCCUGUCACACGAAUGGCAUGCUUUCGAGAAGAGAAUUGAAAGGCGGCCGAGGGCGGACUUACUUUUUGGUUCUUGAAGCGUCGGGCCGCGGACAGAUAAACAACACCAACAAUGUCCUCCUCUGGCCCCUACAAGCUCGUCACCGUCAACACGGCUCCCGAUCGCGCCAAGCGUCUCAUCGGCCGUGUUGUCGAAGACGUCAAGGACAAGUACACCAUCAUCCAUGUCGGCAACGCUGCCUCAAUCGAAGAAGUAAAGUCUGUAGUCGAAGAACACCGGCCCAACAUUCUGGUUUGGCCCCCCUUAUUCACGGCAUCAAUGUGGACUCCCGAAGAAGCUCAUCAGAUCAUUACCAUUGCCAAGGAAGUGGUCGGCGGGGACCUCAAGACUUUUUCUUUGCCGCAGGGGUUGCAGGUGAAUAAGGGACCGGAUGCGGUGGUGGAGUAUAUCAAGGAGAACUUGCCGAGUUUGUUGGGUUGAACAGUGGCAAGGGGGGCUUGUCAAGGCUCUUCUCUUCUUCUUGACAUAGUUUCAAAACUUUAUCUGCCUUGUCAUCCUGCUCAAAUUCUAUAAACCUGGCG